AUGGAGAUCACUCGCGUGCCGCGCAUCACGCAGGCAGACAUCGCCGCCUGCGACUUUUCCUUCAACAUCUCCGAGGUUGUCGCCAAGCCAUACCACCACCUCGCGCUCGACCAACCCAUCGCGACGACGCCCGUCGUGCCGCCGCGCACCAAAUCUUACGGCUUUGCGGAGGAGGACUUUGACGAGCCUGGCACCGCGGAGAGCGUCAUCCUCGCGCUCACCGCACCCUCCUCCGACGACAACGACGCCCACAACGGCGCUGCCGCCAAGGGCCACCGCAUCCUCGGCUACGCGUUUGCGUUCAAGGACUGGAACGGCAUGGCGACGCUUAACACCAUUGCGCUGGACGCGAGUCUCCGCGGCAAGGGCCAGGGCAAGAGGCUGUUUGGUGCGGUGGUGGAGUGGGCGAGGGAGGUGGGCGUCAAGGGGAUUCGGGUCGAGACGCAGAGCAAUAACGUGCCUGCGUGCCGGUUCUACAAGAAGCAGGGGCUUUCGUUUGGGGGGUAUGAUGAGUACUUGUACAGGGCGAUUGAGGAGCAUAAGGCGGAGACGGCGAUAUAUUGGUAUUACAUGUUGGAUGAUGGGGAGAAGAAGACGGAUGUGAAACAGGCCUGA